AUGUUAAAGAUAUACUUCUACAUUCUAAUCAUUCUUCAUGAAAUAACAAAUGGUGCAGAAAUAUUUUCUAAUCAACCAAAAUUACCUUCUUGUCCCCAAUGGAAUCCUCAUGGAAUUACAUUUUCAAAUGAAACAACAGUUGGAAUAGCUCCAUUAGAUAUUUUUAUCGAUAGAAACAAUACUGUCUAUGUAACUAAUGAAUAUAAUGGUGAAAUUCAAAUUUGGAAUGUGGAAGAUCUUAUUCCAAAAACAAUAAAAUUAGAUGAUUCAUUUAAACCUUGGGGACUUUUUGUUACAACUGAUGAAAAUAUCUAUGUCGGCAGUGACUCGAAAAAGAAUGUAGAAAAAUGGAUUCUGAAUGAAACAAGAGGUAGUUUUGUGAUGAGUACAUUUGAUUCUUGUCCUGGAAUGUUUAUUGAUAUUAAAAAUAAUAUUUAUUGUUCUUUGGGAGAGAGUCAUAAAGUCAUAAAACAAUCACUUGAUAAUAAUUCAAACAUCAUAUCAGUAGUUGCAGGGAAUGGUAGUAAAGGAUCUACUAAUAAUAUGUUAAAUCGACCUCGUGGAAUUUUUGUUACUAUUAAUUUUGAUUUAUAUGUUGCUGAUUGUUGGAAUGAUAGAAUUCAAUUAUUUAAAUUUGGACAAUUAAAUGGAAUAACAGUAACAGAGAGUAUUAGUACAUCAAGUUUCAAACUUUUAAAACCAACAAGUGUAUUCUUAGAUUCAGAUAAUUAUAUAUACAUUGUAGAUAAUGCACAUCAUCGUAUUAUUGGAUCAAGAUCAACUGGAUUUUAUUGUAUAGCUGGAUGUACAAAUAAACGUGGAUCAACAUCAACUCAUUUGGACUAUCCAUAUACAGCUGUUUUCGAUAAUUUUGGUAAUAUCUAUGUUACUGAUCAAGAUAACAAUCGAAUACAAAAAUUUCUUUUAAUUACAAAUAAUUCUAAUAGUUCACCCAUUAUUCAAUCAACCUAUUUCUCAACAUUAACUGAAAAUAGUCAAGUAUUUGUCCCGAGUGAAUGUGGAAAAUUAAAUUAUUAUUAUGAAACAAUCGAAGUGGAAGUUAUUGAAAAUGGUUGUUAUAAUCUUAUUAGUAAAAGUGGAAUUGAUACGUAUAGUUAUAUUUCUGAAGAUUAUUUCAAACCAGUUAUUCCAACUGAGAAUUCAUUCUUACAUAUUGGUCCAUUCUAUGCUAAUAAUCAAUUCAAACUUGAAACAUCUCUACUCAUCGAUACCAAAUAUAUAUUAGUUGUAACAACAUUAAAUCCAAAUAGAACAACAAACUUUUCAGUUAUUGCAACUGGACCAAAUCAAGUCAUUUUCAAUCGUAUUAAUGUAUCAUGGAGUAUACAAAAAAACUAUUCAUCCCAACUGCCUAUGAAUGAUCAGGUGUAUACACGUAGUGGUUGUCAACUGUUUAAUUAUUACUAUGAAGCUGUAAAAAUAAAUGUUAUUGAAAGUGGUUAUUAUAUCUUUAGUAGUAAUAGUAUUAUGAAUACAUAUGGAUUUAUUUAUGAAAAUAAUUUUAAUGUAUUUCAAUAUAGAAAAAAUUCAAUAUUAGAAGAUAAUGCCAAUGGUUGCAACAAUCAAUUUAAAAUUUCAAUUCAACUUCAGGCGAAUAUUACAUAUAUAUUUGUUGUAACAACUUCUUAUCCAAAUAUAACUGGAAAUUAUUCAUUACUUAUCUUUGGACCAAACAAUAUCACUUUCAAUCCCAUCUAUAAUCUUCCACAAGUUUUUCAAAGUCGAUACUCAUCAACAUUGACUCCAACUAGUCGAAAAUAUGCCCGAGAAAAAUGUCGAUUAGCGAAUUAUUAUUAUGAAGAGAUCGAAAUGAAUGUGAUAACGUCUGGUUCAUAUACUAUUACAAGCCAUAGUAAUAUUAACAUAAUUGGAUAUCUCUAUAAAGAUCGUUUUAAUCCAUGGAAUAUACUUGAAAAUUUAAUCAGUCAAAAUGAUGAAGGUUGUGAUAAUAAUCAAUUUCAAAUUAUUGUUGAUCUUAAUGCUAAUUCAACAUAUGUAUUAGUAGUAACAACAUAUUCUUCAAAUAUAACAGGAAAAUUCCUUAUCUCUGCAUCUGGUCCAAACAAGAUCAAUUUCAAUCUCAUUGAUGUUCAAUUAGUUUAUAGAUCAAUAUUAACAAAAGAUACUGAAACAUAUUCCCGAGUUUGUGGUCGAACAGGAUAUUAUUAUGAAACAAUAGAAAUGAAUGUCUCGAAUUCUCAUAUGUAUAGAUUUGAUAGUAAUAGUAGUAUUAUUCUAUAUGGUUAUAUUUAUGAAAAUAAUUUUAAUCGAUUUAAUCCAACUUUAAAUUUAAUAACACAAAGUAAUUAUAGUUGUGGUGGAUAUCAAUUUGAAUUAACAGCUUAUCUUCAUUUUAAUAUAACAUAUAUAUUAGUUCUAACAACAUUUCAUUCAAAUAUUCAAGGAUCAUUUCAAUUAAUUAUUUAUGGAUCAAAUAAUAUUACUCUUAAUCGUACUAUUUCUAAUCAUGUUGAUUGUAUUAUUGGAGAUCGAUGUAAUUCUUAUACAAAAGGUAUUGGUUUAACUUUAGAUGAUAUUUUACGUAAUGAAAUUCGACGUAAUAGAACAAUAAAUAAUCAAUCAUUUUUAAUAAAAAUGAGUGUUGCUUUGACAACAAUUAUAUUUGUUGGAGGUUUAAUAAAUAGUAUUCUUUCUUUAAUAACUUUUCAAAAUUUCGAAUUACGAAAAGUUGGUUGUGGAAUUUAUCUUUUAUCAUCAUCAAUAACUUCUCUUCUUACAAUAUCAAUGUUAACAAUGAAAUUUUGGUUUGUUAUUUUAACACAAAUAAAUUUCUCAUCAGUUAAUAAAUUAAUUCUUGAGAUUGGUUGUAUAUCUAUUGAACCAAUUCUUAAACUUGCCGUAUAUAUUGAUACAUGGUUAAAUGCUUGUGUAGCUGUUGAACGAGCUGUUCAUGUAUCUCAAGGAGUUAAAUUUAAUAAAAAUCAAAGUAGACGUAUUGCUCGACGAAUAAAUUUCAUCUUACCAUUAUUUGUUUUGAUUACAAUUAUUCAUGAACCUAUUCAUCGUCAUUUAUUAGAAUAUACAACUGAAAAAUAUACAUCACAACCACAAUAUUAUAAUUUAACAAUGAAUCAAACAAAUAAUACAGAUCAAUAUGAAAUGGAAUAUCAUAUUUUAUGUGUGGUUAAUUAUUCCACGUCCCUUCAACAUUAUAAUACAGCUAUUCUAUUUUUUCAUCUUGUUACUCCAUUUCUUGCUAAUCUUAUUUCUGCUUUUUAUAUUAUUUUUGGUACUGCAAGACAAAAAUCAAUAACUCGAACUAAACAAACUUAUACAAGACAUAUUAUUGAACAAUUUAAUGAACAUAAACAAUUAAUAAUUAGUCCUCUUAUUUUACUUCUACUUUCAAUGCCUCGAUUAAUUAUUUCAUUAAUAUCUGGAUGUGUCGAUGUUUCUAAUAAUCCAUGGUUAUAUCUUUCUGGUUAUUUUAUUUCAUUUACUCCAUCAAUGCUUAUUUUUAUUGUUUUUGUUUUUCCUUCAAAAUUAUAUAUGAAAAUAUUUAGAGAAUCAUUUCAAAGAUGGACACGAUCGACUUAUUCAUAA